AUGUAUUGCAAUUUAAACCAUAGUUUUCGAUUAUGUUGUGUUGGAAAUUAUUGUACUUUAGAAAGAGGAAAGAGGAGCAUUGCUUGUGUUGCUCAAAUAAAACAAUUGCUCUUUUUGCCUAACUGUUUAUCAUUAAUGUAACUGAUCAUGUUUGCCAUGGUAAUAUGAUUAUUGUUAAUUAGUAUCUCUCUCCCUAUAAAUUGAUGAACAUCACAAUCAUAUUAGUCAUUAAUCGUGAAUUGAAGAUUCUAUAAAUGAUACUAAUAAUUAAUCUGACCCAAUGUUAAAUCCUGAUAAUUUCCAAUCUGCAGUUGUGCUUCAUCUCACAAGAAUUAGACUUCCAAAAGGUAAAUUUGGAUAAUUUUGGAUAUAUAAAAUUGAAUUCCUUGUCUCACAGUUAAUAAGAGUACUUCACAUGA